AUGGGAACCAAUAAAGAGAGAAUUGAACAUCUGGAGGCUGGACUCGGUGAAGUUCAAGAAGGGCUACACCGGAUGGAGCUGGGCAUGGCGGAUCGACUGCGGCAUGUCGAAGAGACUCUUAACCGUCUCUCUGAUGUGCUCCUUGCCAACCAAGAACCUCCAAACCAAGGUAUUCAAAACCGUGAAGGUCACAAUGGGGGACGACUUGUGGUAUCCUCCAAAACGGCAAAAUUAGAAUUUCCUCGAUUUUCAGGAGAUGAUCCAACGGAGUGGUUCAACCGUGUGAACCAGUUUUUUGAGUUCCAAAACACUCCCGACAACCAAAAGGUUACGUUAGCAUCUUACCAUUUGGAAGGAGAAGCCAACCAGUGGUGGCAAUGGAUUCGCAGGACGUUUCAAGAGGAAGGUCGAAUUCUUUCAUGGAUUGAUUUUGAAGAGGAACUAUGGGCGCGCUUUGGGCCAUCGGACUGCGAAGACUUUGACGAGGCUUUGUCCCGAAUUCGGCAGACGGGUUCCCUGCGUGAUUACCAACGGGAAUUCGAGCAAUUAGGCAACCGGGUCAAAGGUUGGACACAGAAGGCUCUGGUGGGCACCUUCAUGGGUGGUUUGAAGACAGAAGUUUCAGAUGGAAUCCGUAUGUUUAAACCACAGACUUUGAAAGAUGCUAUCCGUUUCGCAAGGAUGAGAGAUGAUCAACUAAUGAGACAAAGGAGGUUCUUGCGACCUGCACCACCAUUACGAGCUCCCCUAGCUCUUCCACCAGCAAAUCGGGCAGCACCUGUCGCUCUAGUGCGACGACUGAGUUGGGAGGAAAUGCAGCGACGACGUCUCCAAGGUUUAUGUUUCAAUUGUAAUGAAUGUUUUACUACAGGUCAUAAAUGUCAAGGCCCACGGAUACUCCUGUUGGAAAGUUGUGAGGAUAAUGACAACUUGGUGUGCGAUGAUGUCACCGACGAACAAACAAUUAAAGAAAACCACGAAGGAGCUCCAGAACCAGAAAUUACACUGCAUGCAUUAACGGGAUGGACAGCUCCCAAAACCAUGCGAAUCGCUGCCAAAAUUCGCAACCACGAGGUUAUCGUAUUAAUCGAUAGCGGAUCAACUCACAACUUCAUUAGUGAGCAUAUGGCCAAUCUGCUGCGUCUUCCAGUGAUACCUACGGAAAGCUUCACGGUCCGAGUAGCCAAUGGAGAAAAGCUUAAAUGCCAAGGGAGGUUUGAGGAGGUACCAAUCAAUUUACAUGACACCAAAUUUUCAUUAACACUAUAUUCCUUACCACUCACAGGAUUAGACAUGGUUUUGGGUAUUCAAUGGCUUGAAACUCUUGGUUCUGUGGUGUGCGAUUGGAGAAAAUUAACUAUGGAAUUCACAUGGAAGAACCAGACCAAGAAGUUGGUGGGCAUCGACGGGCAAAAUAUUCAAGCAGCAUCAAUUGAAGAGCUAACCAAGGGAAUUCGUCCUAGCCAUGCUCUGUUCGCAGUGUGCCUCCAGGUUGCCCAUACGGAACUGCAACAGAACAUUCAUCCAAGUUUCCGUGAGUUAUUGCAGGAGUUCUCAGACUUGUUCAUUGAACCUUCGAGCUUACCACCAACAAGAGAGGUUGAUCACAGCAUCACCCUCAAGGAAGGGAUCGAACCAAUUAAUGUGCGGCCUUACAAAUAUGCACAUUAUCAAAAAAAUGAGAUUGAAAAACAAGUCCAAGACAUGCUGCAAGUCGGGCUUGUGCGAACCAGCACUAGCCCCUUCUCCUCACCCGUAUUACUGGUAAAGAAGAAAGACAAACUGGCGAUUCUGCACAGAUUAUCGCGCGCUCAACGCCGCAACCAUUAA